AUGUCGCUGUGGACCGAGUAUAUCGGUGCUACACAGCACGAGUGUGCUGUCGAGGAGCAACAUAAGCAGACCCGCUCGACGGCUGUCGACGAAUCACUACUUGGUCCGCAUUUGUCUUCGCAGGAUCGCAGGAUAGCUUUCCAAUUGCCUGGUAAAGCCGAGAUGCUUUUUGCAGUCUCGCAUCCUCCAGAUGUCGACAGCCGUUACGGACCGGACCUGAUGAAGAGGCGGUCCGAAAAGUCUCCCUCAGGUAACGCUGUACUACACACGUUUCAAGCACGAACGCCAGCCUCAACGAUGUUCCCCGCUACAGGGACAGAUGGGUGCACACCACAGUAUGUAUCUGAUCAUACGAUGCCCAGUCUGAAGUCCUUGGACAGGUUCUCUGCGCACGACAGCUCUCCGACCGGCAACUAUGUGUGCAAUUGA